AUGUCGUCAACAAUAGGGAGUGACGUAGUCAGUGGAGCAGCAUCGAGUAGUGGUGCAGUGCUAACAGAAUUUGACGCAGAAUACGCAUGCACGGAUCAUGCCGUAGUACGUCAAGUGGUACAAACAGCAGUACGUAAUUACUUUUCAUCAUCAUGUAUUUAUCCAGCUCACAUGACUUUAUGUAUUGAUUUCACUGAAAAUGCAUCGUUACGUAGUGGAAGCGCUUUACAAUAUCAGGCACCUUCAAUACAAAUUAACGUGGAAAGAAAGAGUGAUUCAGAUAGUCUAAAUAGUAUCACUGCAAAAGGUAAUAGCUCAGUUAUAUCGUCAUCAUCAACAGGAAUAAGUCCGAUUCGUCAAAGAAAGGUGGGAAGACGAACUCAAGGUCGUAUUUUCAAUGCUGCCAAAAGGUUACCUGUCUACACUAUUACAGAAGAGGAAAAUAUGAAACCAACGAAAGCUGUAACGAAAAUUUUUAAGUCAAAAAAAAUGGAAUUAUGUACUCUAAAGUGUCCUGAAAAGAAAAUAGCAGAGAAGAAAGUAUUCAAGUAUGAAAGUGCUGGAUAUAAAAAAUUACUGAGUGAAGAUAUGAUGCAGCAAUGGCAUAAGAAGUACGAAGAAGACAAACAAGAAUUAUAUUCAGAUCGACAAUUAACUCCAAAAGAUUUAAGUAGUAGUAGUAUGACCGCUCGUUCGGAUUUAAGUCUUGUACAGAGGGAGAAAGGGACAAUUACCGAAGAUGUGCAGACAAGUGGUUGGCCACAAACUUCUGGUAUUGUGGAAUUCGAGCCUAAAAAUACUUUUGGUAAUGUGAGCAAAGCUAUUCAAAUACGUGGAAACUUUUCAUGCAUAUAA